AUGACACCCAAAGGUUUUGCUGUUGGUCUGCUUCUGCUGUUUUGCGCUCUGCACCAAGCCCAAUUGGCACAAGCAGACAAUGCCUGCGACGUGUGCAGUUGUACAGGAACGACGGUCGAUUGCGCUUUCAGAUUGCUCUCAGCCAUUCCAAGCGAAGUUCCCGUAGCCACGACGCUGCUGAGGCUGAACAAUAACCAAAUCACCAGCAUUCCCGCUAACGCAUUCACAGGCCUAACUGCGCUGACACAACUGGAGUUGCACACCAACGCCAUCACCGAAAUUUCCGCAAGCAUGUUCACAGGCUUGAGCUCGCUGACACAACUUUACCUGUUUCUGAACAAGUUCACCACCAUUCCUGCAAACGCAUUCACAGGCCUGACUCAGCUGAGUUCUCUCGAUCUAUCCUACAACCAGAUCGUCAGCAUUUCUGCAAAUGCAUUCUCAGACCUGAGCUCGCUGACACAAUUACUUCUGAACUACAACCAGAUCACCAGCAUUUCUGCAAGCACAUUCACAGGCCUCGCCGUGCUGACGAGAUUGGCCUUGAAUGACAAUCCCUUCACCACAUUGCCACCCGGUCUGUUCAAGGGCUUGCCGAAUGGCUUGUAUUUGACGUAUCGUUUGUUCCAAUAUGCCCAACCGCUGCGAUCCAACAACUUUACCUUUGGUGGGAACACUGUCGCUCCGCCCAGCACAUACGGCAGUGUAUCCGAACCAAACAGUAAGUUCCGCGGCGACUGCAAUCCUGCUGUGCUCAUAUCGCUGACAAGUUGCUAUGAGGGCUAUGGCAUGAUGAGUGGGUCCUGCGUUCCGCUCGCCUCCAUCGCUUCGGUCGCGUCCACGCAAUCUGCCUCGGCUGCCUCUGUUGCUUCCAUCGCUUCGGUCGCGUCCACACAAUCUGCCUCGGCUGCCUCUGUUGCCUCUCUUGUUUCCGCUGCAUCGACGCUGUCGGCGUCCUUUGCUUCGCUUGCUACGGCAUCUUCUGCCUCUAUCGCAUCUGCUGCAAGCGCGUCGUUUGCCUCUGCUGCUUCCGAUGUUUCUGCUACUUUGGCAUCUGCUGCUUCCCGCGCUGCUGCGUCAUCCGCGUCAAUCGCAUCACAAAUGUCCGCAUCAGCCGCCUCCGAUGCUUCCGCUAUUUCGGCCUCCGUUGCUUCCCUUGCUACUGCGGCUUCUGCAUCUCAGGCGUCUGCAUCUGUCGCCUCUGAUGUUUCCGCCACCUCGGCGUCCUUUGCUUCCAUCGCGUCUGCAUCUUCAGCUUCCAUUGCUUCACUCGCUGCUGCAUCUUCAGCGUCAAUUGCAUCUGCUGCCAGCGCGUCGUACGCAUCUCUCGCUUCAGACGUUUCCGCCACCUCGGCGUCCUCUGCUUCUCUCGCUGCUGUGCCCUCAGCGUCAAUUGCCUCACAGGCGUCCGCAUCCGCCGCCAGCGCCUCAUCUGCAUGGCAGACGUCUGCUGCAUCUGCUGCUUCUGCUGCGUCCAAUGCUCCAAACGAGUCGAGCGAUGCAGCCUCUUUGCCGAUUAUUCUCGGAGUCAUUGGUGGCCUGCUAGCUCUCCUCUUGCUGGUUGCGCUGUUGGCGGCGUUUCGGCGUCGUCGCUCUAGUACGGCCAUCAAACUGCGCGAAUCUUCCGAACCGACGUACCAAUCUGUUGAUCGCAGCGCCACUGCAUCACACGUUGCGAAUCCAACCUACGAACCUUUGUCUGCUUCCGGUACUCAUUCGUUGUACGAAGAUGUCGGCUCAACGCGCCCGGCUACUGUUGGUGCAUCGGAACUGCUGUAUGCCGAAGCAUUCGCUUCCGGGGUGCAGUACGCCGACCCCUCGCUCCCCAAUCCCUCGUCUGUUCGUGCGCUGCCCGCGUCCUCGCCAACCAUUUACUCGGCGGUCGCCGAUGCACCUUCUGAAAAGAUCGGCGAUGUCAAUUACGCGUUGAUAGCAAAGUAG